UUUCAUGUAUGCAUAUGUCGGCUGUUCUUGAUGUGACAGCGAAUUAUUACAUUUCAUUAUAAUACACAGAAAAAUAAUACAGUAAAGUAUUUCACGAGCUUAUUAAUAUAAAACGAUAAUACUUCAUAUUCUUGAAAUAAAUAGUGUUCCAGUUGUGCAGCGUACUGAAUUGUUACGCGCGAAUCUUUUGAAAAUUGCUUACGUGGGCAACAGGUGGAUUAUAUUUCGUGCAAAAUAACGAGAGGCAUAUUGCAGUGAACGCAUUAAAUCGAUUCAUUUUUUAUGGAGUCGUUGUACGUUUAAGAUAUAUUAAUUGCUUAUACAGAGAAAGUAUUUAAGAUAAAAAUAUAUAAAAAAUGGAUUAUGAUUACUUGAUCAAGUUUUUGGCUCUUGGGAAUUCUGGAGUUGGGAAAACCAGUUUUCUGUAUCAGUAUACCGAUGGAACUUUCAAUUCACGCUUUGUUUCCACAGUUGGGAUUGAUUUUAAAGAAAAGAGAGUUAUAUAUCAGAUGCCUGAUGGAAGUAGUCAAAGAGUACAUUUACAGCUUUGGGAUACAGCUGGCCAAGAGAGGUUUCGAAGUUUAACCACGGCCUUUUACCGGGAUUCUAUGGGUUUCUUAUUAAUUUUUGAUCUGACCAAUGAGCUCUCCUUUCUUGAAGUUAGAAAUUGGCUGGAACAGCUUAGGAUGCAUGCAUAUUGUGAAAAUCCAGAUAUAAUUCUCUGUGGUAACAAAUCUGAUCUGGAGGAUAAGCGAGUUAUUAGCGAGUAUAAAGCACGUGAUCUAGCAGAGAAACAUGGAUUGGUAUAUUUGGAAACUAGUGCUGCUACUGGACAAAAUGUUGAACGUGCAGUAGAAAUUCUGUUAGAACGUGUUAUGCGCAGAAUGGAAAUUACAGUAGAUAAAUCAUUGCUACCACAUCAAAAGAUUUUAAAGUGUCACGAGCGUGAGACACCACCUCCUAAUAGUUCUUGUUAUUGCUGACAGUGUGAUUUUGCAUAGACAGUCAGAUUAGUUUGACUGCUAUUGCAAUCGGAGGUCUCAGGGGGAAAAAAUAUUUCCUUUAUUCUCAUAAGAUAACAGAUCGACAUUUAACUUAAUUACAAGUCAUUCAAUUCUGGGUAAAAAAGGUUGUGACAAAGGAAUUUAAUCAGAAUUUUUUCUGAAAUUUAUCAGGUAUGUCUCGAGUUGUGAAUAUCAAUAUUCUAAGCUAUUGCUUCCUACAAUGUACAAUCCUGUCGUCUUCCAUGUUUCUUCUUUGUCAUAAGAAUUUAUCUCUUCUUUUGUCAUAUCAUUAUAAUACAAAUCAUCACCAUUACCAUCACCAUCACCAUCACCAUCACCAUCACCAUCACCAUUACCAUCACCAUCACCAUCACACACACACACACACACACACACACACACACACACACACACACACACACACACACACACACACACACACACACACACACACACACACACUGUGUAUAUAUAUUUUUGUUUUUAAACGAAUCUCUUCGAUACAUUUUCCAUUCCUGCUUCCUUGAUAUCUUUUCCUUGAAAUCUUCAAAAAUAAUGAUUUAACUUAUAUCUUCAUCAUAAUAAUAUGCACAAAGUGUUCAAAAAGUCAAUCUUUCACAAUGUGUCAAAAGUGUGAUAUAACAAUUUCAAAGAAAUUUUCAAAUUUAUGAAUCUUCAUAUAUGACUAAAUGUUUUUAAUGCUGUUAUUGUAUGAUAUUUAUUUAGAAUUAUUAAGUGUAAUCGUAAGUAAUACGUUCAAUACAAUCAAUAAUAUCAUACAAUAUGCAUGAAGUACCACAUACUAAUCUUGUGAUAUUUAUACAGAUUUAAUAUCUUGUUCGAGAUAAUAUAGAUAACGAUAUCGCGUUUGGAAAUUAUGAGAAUUUACGUUAUUAAUGUAAUGGAAACAAGAUUAUAUACUUAUACUAUAUA